GCCCCACCAACGCCGGGCAGAGGGGCACGGCUAGGCAGCAGCUCUUUUACCAGCGUUUAAUCUGAGGAGGGCUCUGACAGCAGCUAGGACAGAUGGCUCCGUCCUCAUACUCGUAGUGAAUGCAAAGGAGGUGAAAGAACGACGGGGCGGGGGAAUGGCCCACCCCAUUCCUGGCUGGACUAACUGCUCCCCACAUCAGAUCCGCUUUUGAAGGAUCACCACCCCCACAUUCCCUCCUGUGGGACCAUCCUCUCAUCCUCUUCCUCAGGGUCAACCCCCACCCCCCGGCGCCAGACAUCUCCUUCUAGGGGAUCCUCUCCCUGUCCACCGCUACCCCCUGAAACAUCAGCCGCCCCCCCCCCCCCCCCACACACACACACAGGUCUGAGGGAUCAACCUCCUCUCUUCCCCCAUCCACCCCCUUCUGUUGCAGUGCUGCUUAGCCCGGCUGUCAGUCUGCCUGGGAGCUCCCCUGAGUGGCUGUGGGCAGCCCAUUGCCUGGGCUUGGUCUCCGCCCUCCCUCCCUCUCUCAGCUGGUCCUAGCGUUCCAGUUGCUCAGGAAUGUGGAGAGCUGGGUUCCGGCGGCUAGCAGGAGCCGGAGGGAGGAAGGGAAGCUGAGCGCAAGCUGCCGCCUCUGCUCUGCCUGAUCUUCCCCUUUUGGAACAGUCGUUUUCUUUAAAUGAAAAAUACAAACCCUACCGAGCUGGUUCCCAGCCAAGCCACCACCAAAAAAUGUUCGGCCAAGUGCCAGGCGCAGGUGAAUAACUAACCCCAGACUAAAACUUUCCUGCCAGUGGGAUUACAGGUGCAGCACUGCCGCAGGGAGCUCUCCAGGGUGCUGACGUCCCAGCAGUUUCCUCCAACAGCUCCCAAGACUGAACAAAUUUCCUUGGCACCCUUUCUGGAUCCUCCAUGACUCGGAAACGUCUGCUCUCGAGGUUGUGAAUGCCUCGUAGUAACAUGGCCAAGGUUAGAUACCUUCGUGCAGCUGUUUCGGGAUUUUAUCUGUGGGAAGCUGCAGUUCUGCUCAGUUUGGUAGCCACAAAGGAAACAGACAGUGCAAGAUCUCGUAGCAUGCCAAUGUCACCAUCUGAUUUCCUGGAUAAAUUAAUGGGUAGGAUGUCAGGCUAUGAUGCAAGAAUCAGACCAAAUUUCAAAGGCCCUCCAGUUAAUGUCACAUGUAACAUAUUUAUAAACAGCUUUGGAUCCAUUGCAGAGACAACCAUGGAUUACCGAGUGAAUAUCUUUCUCCGUCAGAAUUGGAAUGAUCCACGCCUUGCAUAUAGCGAAUAUCCAGAUGACUCUUUGGAUUUAGAUCCAUCUAUGUUGGAUUCUAUUUGGAAACCUGAUUUGUUCUUUGCUAAUGAAAAAGGUGCCAACUUUCAUGAAGUUACGACAGACAACAAGUUGUUACGAAUUUUCAAAAAUGGAAAUGUUCUUUAUUCUAUCAGAUUGACUUUAAUACUGUCCUGUCCAAUGGAUCUCAAAAAUUUCCCAAUGGAUGUGCAAACAUGUAUAAUGCAGCUGGAAAGUUUUGGAUAUACAAUGAACGAUCUAAUUUUUGAAUGGCAAGAAAAGGGAGCUGUACAGGUAGCAGAAGGGCUCACUCUACCACAGUUUCUGUUGAAAGAAGAGAAAGAUUUAUGUUAUUGCACCAAACAUUACAAUACAGGAAAGUUUACAUGCAUUGAAGUCCGAUUCCAUCUUGAAAGGCAAAUGGGUUACUAUCUCAUUCAAAUGUACAUACCGAGUCUCCUGAUUGUCAUUCUCUCCUGGGUGUCGUUUUGGAUCAAUAUGGAUGCAGCACCAGCCAGAGUGGCUUUAGGUAUAACAACUGUACUGACUAUGACAACACAAAGUUCAGGUUCACGAGCAUCACUUCCAAAGGUUUCAUAUGUCAAAGCUAUCGACAUUUGGAUGGCAGUAUGCCUGCUCUUUGUAUUUUCUGCACUUCUGGAGUACGCAGCUGUAAAUUUUGUGUCAAGGCAGCAUAAAGAGCUUCUGAGAUUCCGCCGGAAGAGGAAGAAGAAUAAGGAUGAUGAGGUAAGGGAAAGUCGAUUCAGUUUUACAGCCUAUGGAAUGGGGCCAUGUCUGCAAGCAAAAGAUGGAGUGACUCCAAAGGGGCCAAAUAAUCCCAUUCAAGCUACACCAAAAAGCCACGAUGAAAUGAGGAAGGUAUUCAUUGACCGAGCCAAGAAAAUUGAUACAAUUUCCAGAGCUUGCUUCCCAUUAGCCUUUCUGAUUUUCAACAUUUUUUAUUGGGUUAUCUAUAAAAUCAUUAGGCAUGAGGACAUUCACCAAUAACAAGAUUAAGGCUUCUAGUACAUACUGUUUGGGCUGGCAUGUUCAGCAGGAGGUUUUCCGUUACAAAUGUGCAUACAGAUGCUCGCUGGGAUAGUUAAAAGGCACAAAGAAAAAGAUCCCAUUUGACUUGCUAUGCAAAGUCACUAUUGGACAGAUGAAGAAUGACACCCAAUGAAGAUAUAUCUGCUAUUACUAAGUUUCUACUUCAUACUAACUAAACAAUCAACUUUUCCAUAGUAAAAUCACAACAUUGUGCUACAGCUUUACUGCCAACGUGUUUAUACAUACUUUUACAUUGUGGUAUAAUUGUACAGUAUUCUUUAAAGUUCCUUACACUUUUUUAAUUCAACCGUAUUUUUUAAAGGAUAUUACAAAAUGGGUCUAACGUGUCUUAGAUGGCUCCCAUAGUAACAGAUUAUAUUCAAAUUUCUAACCCUCCUUUAAAGUUUACACAUUAGUAAUGAACUACUGAUUUGAGUUUUAGAGCUCAAACACAUUUUCUUGUAAGAUAAUGGGGUUUUGUAAUGAGCACUGGACACAUUUAAAUUAUAUUUUGGGGUUCUUUUUUUUAAAAAAAAAAAAGAAGAGGAAAAAAAUAAAAAACUUACUCAUACAAAGCAUUUCAUAAAUAAAUUAUGGUCCCCCUGGAGCUUAAAAAUCAUGGCAAUCUAAUGCCCAAAGUAGCACCAAAUACCUAUUGCCCAGUCUGAAGUGACCCACUAGUCAAACUUUCUGGUGCUAUGCCUAUCACAAUGGGAACAAGGUACUGUUUUUAAAGGAUUGUUGCCCCCUAAGUACUUUUAAUUACUUACAAUCACCCUUGGAUAAACUGAAAGAGAAAAUAAAAAUCAAAAGGAUUAAAAGAUGUUUUUCUCAUCAGGUAACUGUUCAGAAACCACAGUAUUUGGGGAGACAAGCCAGACAAUUAAAAAUGACAUCAAAAUAAGUUUCUGUGAAAAGUGACAUUAAAAAAAACAAAGCAAAAGGGAAAAGUCACUUAGACAAUAUCUAUGAUAAAAGUAACUUAUGAACUUUUUUGAAGCCGACUGUGGCAACAUUUCUGCACAGAUACUUCCAUUAUCAUCAUCAGUGAAAGUUAGAUAUACAAGUACGUAAAGAUAACCAGGAGAGUCUUUUCUUACUAUGAAUUACUUGUUCAAUGAGAAGAUUCUGACAUGACUUUUUAGACACUGGCAGAAAAUAGUUAGAAAACAUUAAGCAGUUCUUCUAAAAAUAUAUCAGGACAAUCUUAUUUUGCUGCACUUCAUGGUAAAAGAUAAGAAAUUGAAACUGUUGAAGCAAAUUUUCCCUACUUAGAAUUACAUAGAUUACAUUAAUUGCUUCUUUCAAAUUAUUACACAUUAGAUUUUUUUUUAAAUGAUAUAAAAAUUUCCAGUAAAUAAUAUUGCCACUUCUCUAAUGAAAAGCAAAAAAAAUUGUUCUAAAAUGUGGAAGCCUAUAGACAGCUACAGGCAAGAGCAUACCUGAUGCUUUGAACUUGUAAUGAAAUCCAAUAGCUAAAACAAUUUAUUAUUGAAAAGUUUCUUUGUUUUGAGCACAUUUAAAAUUUUUGGUUUGUUACUGCUCAAAGUGCAUACAUAAAAG